AUGAAAAUAUGGAAAUUGUUAUUCUUUCUCUUCGGUGAGAAUGAAAUCGUUGUGAAGAAUGUAGCCAUCGCUAUCAACGCAUACGACUCGAUCAUUCAGACCGCAGCUAAUCUUGUCGUAUCAUGGGUGAAGUUGCCAUUCAUUUUGGGCACCGAUAUUGCUGGAGAAGUCGUUGAGGUGGGAAAGGGUGUCACGCGCUUCAAGAUAGGAGAUCGUGUUGUUGGAUAUGCUAUUGCGUUGGAUAAGAGGGUCAAUCGCGCGAGUGAAGGUGGUUUUCAGCAGUAUACAGUGCUCCGCCCAGACUUAACAUCUACUAUCCCCGAAUCCAUCUUAUAUGAGAGUGCAUGCGUGCUCCCACUGGCGCUGUCGACCGCUGCCUGCGGUCUUUUCAUGAAAGACUAUCUCGCUCUCCCUUUCCCCAGUGCUUCACCCCGAUCCUCAGGAAAGACGCUGCUGGUCCGGGGGGGUUCUACCAGCGUGAGCUGCAAUGGUAUCCAACUCGCACGUGCAGCUGGAUGUGAAGUCAUUGCCACAGCGUCCCCCAAAAACCACGACUAUCUUCAGAAACUGGGGGCCGCUGAGGUACUUGAUUACAAUACUAGUCCAACCGCUGUGCGAGACAUCCAAGCCGCAUUCAAAGAUCGAACUACCGCCGGGGCGAUCAGCAUUGGCACGGGAUCGUUAAGAAAGUGCAUCGACAUACUGGCCAGAUGCAAGGGCAACAAGUUCGUGGCGUAUGCCACCUUGGAUAUGCCACCCUUCCCGAAAGGUGCUUUGGACUUCCCACCCUUCCUUGCAGGAACGGUGUCCAAGAUGCUGGCCAUCAAUAUCCGGUCGGCCACGAAGGGAGUUCACGCCAAGAUGAUCAAUGGAAGCGACUUGGUAGUGAAUGAGGUGGGAAAGGCUGUAUAUGAAGACUUCUUACCUCAAGCAUUUGAGCAGGGAUCAUUCGUGCCUGCACCUGAACCACAGGUCGUGGGUAGGGGGUUAGGGCAUGUGCAGGAAGCAAUAGAUUUGGUCGCAAAGGGGGUUUCGGCUAAGAAGUUAGUGGUACUUUUGUAA